ACGUCUUAUCUCUUUCCCUUCUGUUCUCCUUUUUCUCCCUCCACGCCUUAUCUUUUUCCCUUCCAUCCCCAACUGGCUUGCACAUCUGCAUCUUCCCCGCGCCGCCAGCAAGCCCUAUGCCACCCUGACGACGGUGACAAGGCCCGAGCUCAUCCUCGCGACGACGGCGACCCACAUCUGGCCUGCACGGCGGCAGCGCGCAUCUUGCCUGCACCACGGCGGUGCGCAUCUCACCUGCACGGCGGCGGUAGAUCUCUCCCACGCUGGACUAGGAGCUGCCACCCGAGCAAAGCCCCUGUUUCCCAAGGAACAAGGAGCAGCUUCACCGAACAAAGAUUUCCGUCUUCUUGGCUGGAUCGGAGGUGGACGAUGACCUCGCCGUCGCCGGUCAGCCACCCAAGGUGUGGCAUGGAGAAGAAGAUGAGGACGAUGACGGACGUCGACGAGACGUUGUCCGGUAGGGACUGGUCAGAGCUGCCGCAGGACGCCCUCAUGUCGAUCCUCGGCAAGUUUGGCGCCUUGGAGAUCCUGAUGGGCGCGGGCGCCGUGUGCCACUCUUGGCUCGAGGCGGCUAAGGUGCCCAAUCUGUGGCGAUCGGUGGACAUGACACAGCAUGAGCUGUUGGAUGUGCUGGAUGACCAAGGCCGUUAUACCUGUGACCGGAAAAUUUUACAGACAAACUUUGAAGUCUUGUGCGCCAUGGCAAGGGUAGCCGUGGACCGAUCCGGUGGCCAGCUUGAGGCGUUUCACGGGAAGCUGUUUGUUAACGAUGAACUCUUGAAGUAUAUCGCAGACAGGUCGCCAGCUCUCAAGACCCUCAGCAUCAUUUCAUGCGACGGCGUCUCUAGCCAAGGAUUCACCCACCUGAUCGCCAAGUGCCCUAUGCUAGAGGACCUCAAGCUUGUCGAAUGUAUAAACCUCCGCCGACGCGAAACUUACCAAGCUAUCGCCAAGGCAUGCGCGCAGCUCAAGCGCUUCACGCUCUGCAAUUUGCCCACCCUCGAGUUCCUCCUCAGUAGGUCAAGUGGGGAAGAAGCGGAUGGAGUUGUGGCGAUGCACGAGCUGCGAAGCCUCACCCUUACCAACUGCAAUGUCACCAACAACUACCUCGCGGCCAUCCUUGACGGCUGCCCUCACCUGGAGGUUCUCGACCUGCGUCUCUGCAUCGUCAUCGACAUCGACCCUACGCUCAUGGCUAGGUGUGCUGCGAUCAAGUCGCUAAGGCUUCCGGCUUAGAUGUGAUCCUUGUGGACAACGCUACCAUACUCUACGGAGUAGCAAGUGUAGCAUUCUAUAUUAUACACAGUGCAUAUAUACAUGCACUCUGCAUCUUGUUUUCUCAAUGUCCCUGUGGUGAUGGUCAUUGGAUUGGAUUCGCUUUGUGUAUCAGUUUAUUAUUAUUUCGUUUCAAAUGGUGACCAGUACUUAA